AUGACAAGGAGAACCACACCCCAGACCUCCCAGAAGCUGGGCAGGAACAUGAGGGAUCGUGAGAGGGAGUUGGAAGAGGAACGUUGGUUUGAAGAGGAGCGGGAAAGCUUUCCCCAGUUCUGCAUGUCUUGCGAGAAGCAGUUUAUCCCCGAUAACGACCAGUCGCUUUAUUGCUCCAAGGACUGCCGCAUGAGCGACCAAGAAGGCUUCGGUGCCUCCUCAUCCUCAUCUCGCAGCUGGGUCGGUUCGAACGCUCCAACUCACUACCCAUUUUUCUCGGCCUCCUCAGAGCCUCGAGACAUUAUCCCCCGCGCAUCCCCAUCCCGCCCCAACUCAGCAUAUGUCUCCCCGCCUACCACACCGGGAACCGGCCACUCCUCAGCCAUCAAUGCCCUCAAGUCUUCCCUCUAUGGUGCCAGACCAGCCAGCCCUCCCUCCCCGCCGCCUGUAGGCAGCUACCACCCGAACGUUUGGCCUUUCUCGAACCGGAGCUCAGCUACGAGCCCCAACAACUCGUACUCCAACCAGCAGUCCGGUUUCUUCCCUUCGACGUAUGACGGCCAUUACUAUGGCGGAGAUGCCUACAAUGACCGACCGCUACCAAGCCGCAGGCCAGGGAUCUACUCGAGGCCCAAGAGCAUUGAGCUUGUCACCCCCUUGGUAGGGAGGUAA